AUGAGAUCCCGAAAGGGGGGAGGGUNAGGGCAACUGCGUCCCCCCCUCCCAUCUGACACAAUUGAUGGGAUAGACAUCUUUCGGAAUGUCGCGGCCAGAGACCAAAAGUUGGGAAAGGUAAAUCCUGACCCAUGCAAGAAGGAGCCUGUGCUUGGGCACACUACGGAUGUUGAGCUCGAGAACCUCCUGUGUAAUAGCACCUCCAUAAUUCAUGGCAUAGAGGAAUAUCUAUUAAAGAUAAAGGCAAGAUCAGCGAUCGUGGACGGCUUUGCCAUGGCACGGGAGAACGACGAAGAGCAGCACGCUGAUGGCGCUGGAGGAGGUCCAGAUGACCCUGCCAGACAGGAGGAGUCUGGAGCGCCUGCACAGAAGCCUAUUCGGGCAAUUUUUAAAAGAACGCCCAAAGCUGUUUGCGAGACCCAUCAAGAGGAUUGCAUGAUCCCAGCGUGCAACGGCAAGGGCUUAAUUAAACACAUGCGGCGCCAUUAUGAGCUUGCUCAUAACUUCCCGGCAGAAAAGGCUAAACUCUUACAAACGUUUCAUCGCGAUCUCAUCGAGAUUCAGAAACGGAAGGCUAACUGUCCUAAAAUGGAUGUAAAAGAGCUGGCUGAGCGAAGCAACUACAUAAUCAAUUCUCUGAUCCCAAAUAUUGGCUUACUACCAGCUGCCAGUCGAGCCUUAAGUGAUGCAUUGUUGCCACUCUCACUAUUGACUCUUCUUGUAGACGGAUUUGGCCGUGGCGACGUUUUAAGGCAGCAGAACCAGCGCAUUCUUUCUCGGUUCGUGACGCAGCCUCACGAUGAUAAAGCGGGAGCUUUGACCAGCACUGCUGGAUCAAGCACCGCCCAGUUUGAAAUAUCGAGUGGAGUGGCAGAUGCAGGGCCGGAAAAAGUCUUAGAGCAGCAGGAGUCUUGCGAAGAUGGUGGUGGUGAUGAUGAUGAGAACUCUUUCAGAUUUCGCAACAAGCGCAAGGGAGAAAAGACUUUAUUGAGAUACGUGACGCUAUGCCCUCGAUGUCACAAUGCUUUUGCCACUUUCAAACUGAAAACCCAUCUCAUCGAGACUGAAAAGAUGACACCGGAAGCAGCAACUCAUGCAUAUGAAAGUGCUCGUGUUCACGAGGAACUGGUGUGGUUAAAGACGAUGCCAGUCAGUGGGCGAGGGAUCCAUAAGAGUGUGCCAGCCGACAAGCACCGGGAAAUGGUUUUAAAGUUGACGAAAGGACACGUAGCCCAUCUGUAGAUCAAUAUGAUUCCUCGAAAAAUCAUAAUGCUCUCGCCCAAGCCAGGGAGAGAACUUCUGGAGAUAAGAAUUGGGAAGGUGCUUGUGACCCAAGCAGUCACUUACUAUCAGGACGCACGGUUUCAGGAAGCCUUUCCAAAACUGCACAAGGUGCCUAAUGACUUUCACCUAAGUCU